AUGAUCGAUGCUCAGCAACAACAUCAAGAUCUAGGUGGAUCGAUUGUUGAUGUUGUUGAUUCCGAUACUCAUGAUACUAAAGAUGUAAAUCUUCAAAAGCUAGGUGCUAUGGUGUUUCGGGGUUGUGGAGAGUGGGUUUCGAAGCUGCAGAGUUGUAGCAAGGAUGGUUGUGCAGCGAUGAUGGGUGGCUAG